AUUUGAUAUUAGUGUGGAGUCUUCUACGGUGGAAAGAUAAUUCGUCAGACGUAAUAGUCAUAGUAUUUCAAAUUAGUCUGUGUUCGUCAGCUUUUGUUUGGUGUAAAUAUUUUCUGUUGUUUUCUGUUUUAUUAAAACAGGACUUUUAAUUAAUUCGUUACAGUGAUGUUAAAAUAUCCAGCCGCUAUUGUUAUUUAUUAGCUUAGUUUUAAUCAUCUGGACAUUGGCGAGGAUCACUUCCGAUAUGUUCCGUUUACCUUAUUAUGUUUUUACAUUUGUGAUAUUGAAAUACGUUUCUGGAUAUAGUCAACUGUGUGGAAAUAAAACGGAGAAGACCCUUAGUUGUACUAAAGAGAUAAUUGGAGAUUGGGACCAUGCCGACUAUGAUCUUUGUCAAAUGGAAGUAUACCCACAAAAUAGCCCUGAAUGCGGCACAAUGACUUUUGGUCCCGUAGUUGCUAACAGUGGCAUUGGAGGAGUAACGCUGAAACCGCACAUCAUAACCGUUACCCACAAUGAGCAGACGAGACCUAUGCGUAUCAACAAAACUGUAUUGAACAUAACUUUCAGUAACAUUAAGUGGACUACUAUGAAAUUUCGUUUUCAAGACAAAUACCGCGACCUGAAGAACCACUGUCUGAACAUAGUCAUCUCGAAAGAUCUGACUAUAGACGAUCAGUCGGUACUUUAUUACGAUUGUUACUGGCCGAUGGUCGAAGACGCGGCCCUGCAGAGUCACAUGUUGGACUUCGAGGCCGCCAACGACUGGAGCGUCUACAGAGGGCAGUUUUACUUCAACGUACCGUCUGCCGCGAUGCUAAGUGAAUCCGUUACGGAAGAAGAUUGGAAGCCGUUCGUUUACGUCGAGAUAUUUCCGUCGAAGAUGCGUUUGCACGUGAUGCCGCCCCCGCCGCACCUCCGCAUCACGGGCUACAGGAUCCGGGUGGUCAAGGAGUGCGACAAGGGCGGCUCGUGCGAGGUCAGCUCGACGACCGUGGACCCGGCGAAUGCGCAGACCGAACUCACGUACGAUUACAAUUUCAUCGGAGACAAUGGCUUGUACAGCUUCGUCGUGGUCCCGUUGCAUGCUAAAUGUCUGAACGGAAUCGGAUGCCGGAACGUCGAGAGCCAGAAGAUAAGAAUAAACAGCCCUGAGUCAUUGAACAUAUGCAUCGCGAGCGUCACUGCGCUCAUAGUGACGUCAUUGUUCGCGUAUUACAUCGCGCUCCGGGUCAUCAGACGUUAUUGGUGCAAAGAUUACAAGUUGGCUUUGAACGACAUCCCGGCGCCGCCCAAGGUGCUGGUGGUGUACCCGGCGUCGAGCCGACUGCACGCGGAGUGCGUGGCGGCGCUGGUGCAGUACCUGCGCGCGGAGUACGGGCUCGACGUGCUGUACGACGGCGACGUCGCGGGCACGCCGCACGGCGACCCCUUCCUGUGGGCCGAGGAGGCCUUCCGCACCGCCACGCACGUGCUGUACGCCGCCGGCCCGCCCGAGCACGUGCACCUCUACCCCAACAUCUACGACAAGCCCAUCCUCAGCGCGCACAAGGACGUGGACGCGCUGCUGCUGUCCUUCCUGCGGGCCAGCCGCGCCUCCCGCCGCCCCAAGCACGUGCUCAACGUGCGCUUCGAGCACUCGGGCGCCGCGCUGCCGCCGGAGACCCGCGCCGACCGGACCUUCGUGCUGCUGCAGGACUGGCACAAGCUCGUGGCGUACCUCUCCAAGAACCUGCUGCCCAAGCGACACAUCAUGCGCACCGAGAGGGGCAGGGACCUCAUCGAAAAACUCACUAGGGCCAAGGAGCUGUUGAGAGUCAAGUCUGAUGAAGCCAUUGAGAAGUGCGAGAAAAACGCCUUCGAAAAGAAGAUCCUCCUGUAGACUCCUCGACGGCUCGGGACGGGUGGGGGCUGUGUAAUAAUGGCGGAUUUAUAUUAUUAACUAUUUGCUAUCUAACUAUCUAAAUGCUAACUAUCUCAUUGGUUCAUGUUGUAACGGUAUCUUCGGAGACAUAUAAUGUAAAGGCUCAUACAAGAUAAAACUAAAAACGGUUAUUCGAUAGCCAGGAAUCUCCGCCGAUUAUUAUUUAGACACGCGAGAGCAGUCUGAUCGAGGAGAAACUUCAAGGGGGGAUAAUUUGUAAACGUCACGCGUUACUGGCGUCAUGUUGAAUUGAAUAAUAUCAAUAUUUUUGUGGUGUAUAUUUAUUCUAUUGUUGAAAGUUCCCAGUUACAAAAUAAAUAAAUAAAACACAAAUUCUCGAAUGCUAAAUUUUCUGAUGGUUCCGUGUCUGUCAGUUAAUGCUUCUGUUUGAUUGUCCGUCUGUCCGCCUCGAGGUGUGAACUCGAAGUUUGUAUUGUAAAUAAUAAUAAUAAAAUAUUCUAUCGUACGAAAUAGAACAUUCCGUUCCUGUGUCUCGUUUGUACGUGGAUAUGAUUUCAGAAACUAAUUUAAGUAUCUUCAAGAACUAAAUUUAAAAUGUUUCGUUUGGCGCCAAUAAAUUUAGUUUCCGCUACGUAGACAGUGGAGGCGAGUGCAAAGGCAUUGCCCCCCGAUUCUAUCUUCGUAUGCAUCAUUUUUUUCCUACCUAUUCUAGUGACCUCAAGAGGUCAUACUAGAUUCACAGAACUAGUAGCGGCAGUAAGUGAGCUCACGGGCCUCUAACCUGAGGACAUUGCUAACACUAGCCCUAGCAAGGCAGUGCUCAGAAUCUAUCACCGGAUCGGGAACGCGACCCACUGAGAAGAUCCGGCGAGAAAUUCAAUCGGCAACGGGGGCGUCCCCUUACGAGGGCGCGGAACGGGCCCCGGGGAAACCCCUCUGCCUGGGCUUGUAACUGCAGCUUGAUGAACUGCGGGUUUGUAUGUUGUAGCAGGCUUGCUGUUGGUGGGUUGGACGUUUAAGGUGAAGAUGAAGAUGAUCUCGGCCUCUACAUCUAUUUGCUUCUUGAUGGGGCGGCCGCUUCUCUCCUCCCAUCCCUUUUUUUUCUCAAUCAACUCUGAGAAACUAAUAGCGCCAUCUAUCGAGUACUUCCGUAAACGUCUUUAUAAACGUUUAUCCUCUAAUGCGUGGUGCGCAGACGCAGACGUCUGAUAUUUGAAUCAUACAGAUUCAUAUAUUUCUACAGUCCAAUAGUCUUCGAUUAAUAUUUCAUUGACCUCAACUAAUUCUAGUCAGGAUUUCGUGUUAUUUUAGUCAAUUUAUCGUAUUAAAGCGCUAUGUAUAUUUAGCAUUCGGGAAUUUUGUUGCAUUAAUUGCAUUUCGAUACGUCGAGAGUAACUUUUUGCCGCCAAAAACGUGACUUCCAAACUAAUAAACGUAACAAAAAAAAAAGUUCACAAUAUUCGUGAUUUCUCAAAACAUUGUUGUAUUUUAAUGCAUUUAAAUAUGUUUUAAUAUAAUAAAAAAAAUUGAUGUGGUGAUAAAAAGAGUAGACGAGAUAUAUUACAAAAAAAAAAAAAACUAUUUUUAGUAAAAAAGUUUAUCGGUGUGAUAAUAAUAAAAUUAUUCUAUUGCUUUACUGUGUCGUAAGAACCCUUGAUGCCUAUACCCGUUGUUGGUGGUUAAUUAAAUGUUUGUGCAUCCCUUUUACGAUACAUAAUAUGUUUAUUUAUAUAUAAAUAAGUUAUAUAUUACUUUGAUAAAUUUCAUAUCCUGUUUCGUAAAAUAAAUUUAAGAUUUUUUGACAUUUCAUUAGCCAAAAUGAAAAAAUUACGUCACCCAGACGAAUCCGAGUUGGUUUAUUAAUAAGGCAUUCUAUAGAUUAGGUAUAAUAAAAUAAACUGUUAAUAUUCUUUAGAGCUGACAAUCCAUUUUGCGUAUUUAAAAAUAAUACAGUUCUAUUUGAUGGAACAAAAAUAGACCUUUUGCACAUAUAGAUAAGUUUUGUUUUUGUAAAAAUACAUAAUGCAGAGAUAAUGUGCCAGUACUAAUCGCGCGAUUGUUGACGUAAAAUCUGUUAAAUGUAGGUCAGACAUGAUGACUGACUCCUUACCUUAUUUCAUGUUUUUUAUUUGAUUAAAUUUUAGUUUAAUACAUAAUGACAUCAAUUUCAAAGAUUAUUUUAGAAGGUUUAUACCCCAUCUUAGAUCUCCGUCUUGGCUGAAGGCAUACUUAUUCAAAUGCCUGGAUAUCAUAGAUAAGACAAACAAGACUGGGCAUGUAAUCGGAUUUUAGUUGAUUUUGUGGAAUUAUUGACCCAAAUAUCGAAGGAUAAAAGGCUAUUUCUUUUAAGCGAUAUUUAUCUUUGUAAUUAAAUGUCCGUUUUAUUUGCUAUUAGCGACCCGCCCUCGCUUCGCUUCGGAAACUGUAAUUUAUUAUUGAUUUCUCCACUAUUUAAUGGAUGUUAUUAUACAUAUAAACUUUCCUCUUCAAUCACUCUAUCUAUUAAAAAAAAACCGGAUCAAAAUCCGUUGCGUAGCUUUAAAGAUUUAAGUGUACAUAGGGAAAUAGGGACAGAGAAAGCGACUUUGUUUUAUACUAUGUAGUGAUUAGUAUCAACAAUUCGAUGUUUUUAGUUGAACUUUAAUGAAGCUUACACCAUUCAAAUAGCUAAAUAAGUUUUUUUGUUAUGAUAUUUUUUCCAAUUUUUAAACUUUAAAUGGCUCUCCGGUAAAGUCGUUUAAACCAAAUCGCCUGUCAACCCUCGAUAUUAUUAGUCAUUGACAGCGCACACACAACGUCAUUAAAAAAGCGUGUGGUGCAUGGUAUCAGUAGUUAUAAAUAUUUUAUGAACAUAUGUGAGUAGAAGGGUUAUUUUGAUAAUAUCCUGAAAAGCACCCCACUCUUUUUUUACAAUAAAAUCAUUUUUUCUUACACUAUUUUUAAUUCAAAUUUAUUAAAUUAUUGUUUUCUAUUUUUUUAGUUGGAUUUUCUAUAAAAGCGUAUUUUGUUAGUUUUUUUAAACUAUUAUUUAUUUGCUCUGUGACAUGCUACAAUCGCCUGGUUGUGCCGCUAGUUGUGUAGCAAAAAUAUUCGUCCCGUAAUAAUUGAUUUUACGAAACAGGAUUUAAUAAUACGUUUUUAAAAUAGGAUAUCGUCUUCUUGUCCUUUGUGCCAUAUGAACGCACGCUACUUUUAAAAAAUGUUGAACUUUUCACGGUCGCCUAAUUCCGUCGAUGAGUAUUUUAUUUUAGUGUAUACAGGUGAUCUCGGGGUGAGGGUUUUUUGAAGUAUUUACGAAUGCAUACGGAUUAGGCGACUCGAAUAGCAGGGUCGCAUAACUGGGGGGGAGGGGGGGGGGGUGUGAUGAUGAAAAUAUCUUGAUUAAACACAACUUUAACGCUACUUUAUAUGGUAACAAAAAAACGGUUGACUAUGCGUCCCUUUUUGUAAAUUUAGCUUGAUGUUUGGAAUUCAUAUUGAAUUAAAGUUGAAUUUGAGUUGUCGAUUUUAUAACUUGACAACACUGCGGAAUCACCCAGUGAUAUAAUAUGUAUUUGUUAUUUGUUGGAAAGCUCUAAAGAUGGGCCUUCUAUUAACUUUGGUUCAUGGCUUCAUACCUCAGAGUACAUUAUUCUCAGGAAAAUACUGAUUUGGACUAAAGAGAAACAUACCAAGGCUUGUAAAAUAAUAAUAUAUUGAAUAGUGAAAUAAUAUGACCACAACAGAAAACCUAUUAUUGCCUAAACACCUCCCUUGUCCCGAGUUAUGUGACCGUGCUCACUCAUAAAUUGUUAUAAAAUACUAUUGUUAUCUUCAACUGAAUAAAACUGUUAAAGUGUGUUCUAUCAUUAUACAGGAUCUUCAAUUAUUAAGCUCAAUAUAUACCUUGUGAUGUAUUUUUAUAAAAUAAAAAUUGUGCGUAACUGUA